AUGAGCGAAAGAAAGGGGAGAAUAAAGUUAAAAAUUCAUUUCGAAAAUGACGCAGAGAAUAAUGACGGAGCAGUGGCUAGCGAGAAGGGGAAGCCUGUCAAAUCAAGCGACUUGAAGAGGAGGAGGAGGAGUGGUGACGUAGAAGAUGAGUCAGAUGGGAGAGGAGAUGAAGGAGAGGGUAGCGAAACGAUGCAAGAACGAGACGGGAACAGUUGUAGGGGUCGCAAGAAGCACAGGCGAGAUCGCCUAGAAGAAAGAAUUACGUCCAUCAUUUCGCACCUAACCAGAAUAGCUUGCAUUUGUGAAGACAAGAACAACCACGUGACUGACAACAACAGUGUCACGCACAGUCGGGAGAAUAGCAACGAGGGAAGUCGCGAGAACAGCAGAGAGGAUAGCCGAACACACAGUAAUGAUUACAGUCGAGGGUACAGCGCCGACAACAGUGGAAAAUUCAGCUUGGAUUUCAGCCGCGAGAAUAGCCGAGACGACACCAAAGAAAAUAAAAAUUCUCGCAUCAGCAAAAAACUUACCAAGGAAAUGUACAAGUAUGAAAAGAGCCUGAUGAGUCUAAAUCAUUUUAUUAAUAACAGAAAAAACAAGCUUGAUGAAAUUACCUUCCCUAAUGGACUAAUAAAAGCAGUGGACAACUACCAAAGCCCGGACGUGUGGAUUUACAAUUACCUUCUCCUGGAGUGCAAGAAACAGAGCGAUAAGUACCGUAACUUAAUACAAAACAUUGGCGCAUUUGAUAGCACCCUCAAAAAUAAAAUUAUGAAUGAACAGGUUGAUGGUAUCACCAUGCCUGUGUAUGCCUCUGUUCAUCCCAGUAAACUGGAGGGACUUCCAAAGGGAGGGAAAAACUACUACGCAAAUGUACAUGUGCCUAAGGAGCUCGCGGGAGCAUACUUUGAAGAAUUGAAGAGGCGCAACUGA